AUGUUUGCCUCCACAGAUGAAUCCUGCGGACUCGAUUGGAACACACGCUUCAAAAUUAUUAAGGGAAUUAGCAAGGGAAUAAAUUAUCUUCAUAAUGGAUGCAAAGAUUCUAUUUACCAUCUUGACUUGAAACCUGAGAAUAUAUUGCUAGACAAGAACCUGGUCCCGAAAAUUGGAGAUUUUGGUUUGUCAAGACUUUUCCAAACAGAAAAAACGCAUAUCACAAGCAAAUUUAUGGGAACAAUGGGAUACAUGCCACCAGAAUUCAUCGAUAGACGUGCAAUCACACCAAAGUUUGAUGUAUUCAGCUUUGGUGUUAUAAUCAUUCGGAUAGUGGCAGGAUUUGAGGGCUAUUCCAAAUGUGAAGAUAUGUCUCCUCAUGAAUUUCUUGAGCAUGUAAGGAAGAUAUUUUUUAUCGUGCACAAUAGUCCCCUUUCCGAAAAGAUAAUCCUGUUGCCUCUUACUACUUUCCAUGGAACAUUUGGCCACUGUAUUCCACCUUUGCAGGUACAUGGAAACUGGAGAAAGCGGAUGCAGGAAACAAUGUCAUCGCAUAUAUCAGAGCAAGUUAUAACAUGCAUUGAAAUAGCGUUUAGGUGUGUGGAGUUCGACCGAGAGAAAAGGCCUACCAUAGCGGAUAUUGUCAAUGAAGUGGAUAAGAUCGAUAAUGCCGAAAGUUUAGCUAUAGCCAAGGUAUUAUAUUUCACACUGCUGACUGUGCUCCCUGGUACCAAUAGAUGA